AUGGCCAAUGUUGGAGAGACUGUGACUUUGCACUGCUUCUAUAAAGGCAACCUGGCACUGUACCUUAUGUGGUACAAGCAAACAAUGGGUCACAAUCCUCAACUCUUAUCAACCUUCUACAAGUAUAACAAGAAUGCAACAUUUUACCAUGAAUUUAAGGGUAACACUCGCUUCUCAGUGCAAAGCGGUGAAGGAAUGAAUGACCUAAAGAUCUCAGACAUGCAGCUCUCUGAUUCAGCCACAUACUAUUGUGGGAACUCUUAUGCCACAAAGUUCGAGUUUGUUGAAAAGAUUACCUUGGACCUUCAGGACAGUGGAAUUGAGAUACCUAAGACAUUUGUACAUCAGUCUGUCUCUAAAUCAGUCCAGCCAGGAGACUCUGUGUCUCUAAACUGUACGAUACACACUGAGACCUGUGCAGGAGAGCACAGUGUCUAUUGGUUCAGACAUGGCUCAGGAGAAUCCCGUCCAGGAAUCAUUUACACCCAUGGAGACAGGAGUGAUCAGUGUGAGAAGAGCCCUGAGGCUGGGUCUCCUACACAGAGCUGUGUCUACAACCUCCCCAAGAGGAACCUCAGCCUCUCUGAUGCUGGGACUUACUACUAUGGUUGUAAGGAGGACCAUCUUAGGUUCAUGUAUUGCCUUGGCGUAGCGUUGGGUCUGUGUGUCCUCCUCAUCAUUGUCCUUACUUGUGUUUCGUACAAGAUGAGCAAGUGCAUAGGAGGAUGA